AUGAAGCGUCACACCACCGGCAGGUCUACAACCAGACUCGUGGUCGCGGUCUGGUGUGCCCUCAGUCUAUUGCGGAGCAUCGACGGCCUCUACACGGACUAUGAGCUGUGCACGGGAAGCCUAGCGACUGUCGAAGAUGGCGUUUGCGAUAGUUCCAACAACAUCGCGUCUUGCUUGUACGACGGGGGCGACUGCUGUCCGAGCACCUGUGUGUCAAGUGCUGGACUGUGUACGGAGGACACGCGGCAAUGCCUGAACCCCUCGGCGAGCGACUACCCUUACGCCGAGUACGGGAACUGUACGGCGAUGUCAGGACACUUGCCUUACAUCAGCGACGGCUACGAUGGGGGCGAUUGCUGUCCGUCGACAUGCGUCGUCUCGACCACCGAUUACUGCCCCGAAGAUAAUAGCGAGUGUGUCGACCCAUUUGCCGUCGAUUUCGGCUAUCCGGGUUUCGAGAACUGCACCGGGUAUCCGCCAAGCAUGGGUAACGGACUAUGCAUCCCAGAAAACAACAUCCCGGAGUGUGAGUACGACGGGGGGGACUGCUGCGAGUGCUCCUGCCAACCGGCACAGUAUAUGUGUCUCGGACGCUUUGACUGCCUAGACCCGUCUUUCAAUACCACCGAGUGUGUGACGAACACCACGGCCUGCUCUCCUGACCUUUCGAGGGAAUGGCUGGUGGAGGACACCGCCGACGCAAUCGAGUUGGCCAACGCCAUCAAUUGCACGGGCGGCACGUUUGACGUGGAGUGGCGAGGCAGCGUAAUCGUCCCCCAGACGCUGUGGGUAUCGCAGGGAACUACUGUCAACAUCACAGGGGUGGACACCACAGCGAGUCCAGCUGUUGCAGACGGAAACGGAGAGUCUCGGAUCUUCGGCGUGAUCAACUCUUCUCUGAAUCUACACGGGAUGACACUCUCCAACGGACAUGGCGUCGUAGGUGGGGCUAUUUUUAGUGCCUUGGGAACGGUAACGUUCAGCGGGAGUAGUGCAUUGGUAAACAACUCGGCCGAUGAGCACGGGGGGGCGAUGUUCGUUGACGGCGGGGCGGUGUCUUGGGACGGUGACAUGAUUAUUGCUGAUAACUCAUGUUCCUGGGAUGGAGGCGCCAUUUUCAUCCGCAGUGCUGCGUCCGUGUCGUGGAGCGGCAACACGACUUUCAUCGGCAACCGAAUCUACAGUUUCGGCCACAACGGUGGCUUUAGCUACGGCGGAGCUAUCAAUGCUAUACUCGAGUCCAACGUUUCUUGGACCGAACAGACGAGCUUCAUUGAUAACCGCGUAGAUGUCGAUGCCGUCGACCGUGAGGUGGUGUGCUACGGCGGGGCCGUGGCGGUGGACUCGCACAGCUCGGCAAUCUGGAGUGGGAGUACAUCGUUCGAGGAUAACGAGGCGUGUUUUUGCGGUGGCGCUUUGCACGCAAAUGACACUGGCAUUUUCUCAUGGACGGGAGAAACAGUUUUUUCCAACAACCAAGCAACGAGCGGUGGCGUUCUUUGCUUGGAGUGGUACUCGAGUGCUUCCUGGUCCAAUUCGACAGCCUUCGUGGGGAACAAUGCUAGCGAGGACGGGGGCGCUCUUUAUGUAACAGAUAUCUCGUCUGUUGUUUGGACUGGGGACACCAGGUUUGAGGGAAACAGCGCGAGGAAUGGCGGUGCGGUUCAUGUCAGUGGUACCUCCUGUCCCAUAGCGUGGAGUGGAGAGACGACUUUCGAAGGAAACUUUGUAUCUGGAUCUGGUGGCGGUCUGUUUGUAGGGGAGGGCGCGGAGGUAAAUAUGACCGGACGGACGGACUUCUCGAAUAACCACGCCGACGUGAACGGGGGCGCCGUGGUAUCGGCCUUGAACAGCGUCACAGACGCGACCGAAAGCGUCAUUUCGAUCGACGGCGCCACCUCGUUCUUCAACAACUCGUGCCAAAACUGUGGUGGAGCGCUGAUGAUCAGCGGAUCAGUAUCCCUUUCCUUCGCAUCUGACGGUACACAGUUCCUGCAAAAUGUUGCUGAAUCCGCGGGCGGGGCCGUCUGUCUCACAGGCGUUGGGGAAGGCCCGACCUUUAGCGGAAUUCGUUUCGAUUCAAACUCGGCGCAGAUCGGGGGGGCUGUGCGCUCCACGGGAUCGGGGACGACCAUAUUGGCUACCGGAGACGAGUUUCCGGUGACGUUCACUGGCUGUAAUUUCACAGGGAACUGGGCGACGGCCUCGGGGGGGGCGAUGGAGAGCGCUGCUGGAAAGGAUUUGGUGGCGAAUUCCACGUUCUUGGGCAACACGGCGAGUCAAGGGGGUGCCGCGAGGUUCGCUGGCUCAGUGUCGGUCUCGAACUGCCUGUUCAUGAACAACCAUGCAGACGAGCAAGGAGGACCAGCGAUACAAAACUUGGGCUUCAUGGAGGGCAUAGAGGCCUGUACAUUCGCCGACAACGAUGCUGUCUGCCCUUCAGGAUUUUUCCUGGACUUCGUCGAUGGCCAUCGAUACUCGGACGUUUGUUCCGGAUGUGAAGAAUGCAGCGAUUGCGGCGUUGCGGACAGCAGCGAAGUCCCCACGUGCACAAUCACGCCUGAUCACACCCAGAGCACUGGCAACACCAUCGAAACUCUCUCGAUCGACCCUGGCUACUGGCGUGCCACACCUUCCACCAUCAUUAUUCUGGCCUGCCACAACUCGGACGCUUGCUUGGGCGGAGAAACCGGGGCUGCUGACUACUGCGCUGAGGGCUACGAGGGUCCAUACUGUGCGGUGUGCAGCGAUGGGUUCGCCGAAUCGCUGUCAUUCACAUGCAGCAAUUGCUCGGAUGGCAAGGCAACCGUAGUGGCGCUGGUGGCGUUGCCAACUAUGGUGAUACUGGGGCUGAUAUUUCUGGUGUACAUGGUGUCGAGGGAGCGCAAGCGCGACGCUCCCUCGGCGGGACCAUGGCAUCGGUUGAAGCGGCUUCUUCCACUUCAGUCACUCAAAAUCAUGAUCGUUGUUUGGCAGAUCUUGAACGAGCUCGCCUCAGUCGCCACUGUGUCCUUCCCUGACGUCUACGAGCGAUUCCUUGAUGGGGCCGCCUUCCUAGGCUUCGACAUUGGGUGGAUGCUAUCCACCGGAUGCGUCGUCGAUGUUGACUUUCACGACCGCGUGGUGACAUCCACGGUCGGGCCACUGGUGGCUUUGGCCAUCCUAGGGUUGACGUAUAUCGUGGCGCGGUGUCGAAAUCGCUCAUGUGACCAGGCUCUCCAUAGAGUCCGCCGGAAGCACGUGUCUAUGGCUUUGUGGGUAUCGUUCCUGGUGUAUUCGCCAGUUUCAUCGACCAUAUUCCAGACGUUCUCUUGCGAAACGCUGGACGACGGAGUGACGUAUCUUCGUGCGGACUAUCGCAUAGACUGCAACUCUUCCAAACACCUGGCGAUGGAGAUAUACGCGGGGCUGAUGAUCUUCGUGUACCCGAUCGGCGUUCCGCUCGUCUACGCAGCCCUGCUUUUUGGGGGGCGUGACGCGCUGAAGAUCGCGGCUGUCCCAAACAUGGAGCAGUCGCGUGUGCAGGCUGCUGUCCAUUUGUCCUCUCCAUACCGGCCAGGUUGCUUCUACUACGAAAUCAUCGAGUGCGGCCGGCGGGUGUUGAUGACAGGUGUUAUCGUCUUCAUUUUUCCCAAUGAACUGGGACAGAUAGCCGUGACACUGGUGAUGGCGUGCACAUUCGCCUUGUUGUUUGAGGCCCUCGCUCCGUACGACAGCAAAUGGGACGCUUGGAUCUCUCGAUCCGGUCACGUGAUCGUGCUGCUCAGUAUUUUCGUCGCCUUUCUACUCGAGCAACGUGUUACCGGUGGGACGAGUGACAGUCAAGAUCUGGAUGGAGGCGUUCUGUUGGGCAUGAACGUUUCCAUGGUUGCGGCGGUCGUAGUGCAGGUUGUCAUUAUGGCUUGCUCUGCAGCCCGACCAACUGAGUCACUGCUACCACGAUCGGUGACUUCAGCGGCUGUCGGUUUCGACGUCGAACACAGCAGCAGCGAUUUUGACGAACACGACGGCAAUCGCAUUGUCAGAACUGCUCUCACACAAGAUAGCGAGUCCUUCCGCUCGGCUGUUGAGGACUUUUCUGGUAUUGUUUCCAGGCGAGGUACGAGUUUCCGCCAGCGUUCAUCGCAAAGAAGGCCGGUGGUGCCUUGCUACUCUGAUGACGAAGCGUUCGAAAGAGAGAGGGCCCCAUGGGAAUGAGUGUAGUCAAGUCUAUACCCUACUGCUCGGGUUGAACGGAUGCAAAUAGUGGCUCAAAAUGGGGAGGUGGACUGCUUUUUACACGGACAACAGUGAGCAUGUUCCAAAUCACUGGUUGUGGCAGUACCGAGGGGUUGACUACGGCAUGGUAUUUUAUAGCACUUUGCCUCGGUGCCUUAGGAGGUUGUGCGUAAAGUGUAUGCUGCAGCCUCUCGUGUCGGGGUCGUUACGUGGGAAUGGUUGUGCAGAAUUUCAUAAACGCUCGCAGGCGGCAAUCGUUCGAGUUUAUGCUGCAGGUUUGCAGAUGGGGUUGGGUUAGCUGAACGGAAGGGUAUUCCGGUUCUUCCGCCACUAACUCGUGUUUCUGCUGACGGGGAGGGCUGCGAGCAUGUUUGAAAAAUUGCAAACGGGGUUUCGCCUGGUCCUUGGCAGCAAUGAUCGUAUCUUGGGGCACUUCUUAUGUUUUUGCCGUGUUGGUCGAUGGUGGUGUAUUCAGUUGCUGUUGUUCUUGGUCCAACCUUCUUUACGCCCGCUUCAAUAGAUUCUUCGAUUGCACUCGGGAUCAAUUGCUUGUCGAAUGGGAACAUAUUUCCUAACUGCA